AUGGCACCACGGCCACUGUUACUUGUCACUACCACUACCACUACUACCACCACUUCCAUUACUACCAGUUCUCGGUCUCGGCACGGCAGUAUGGUCGCGAUACAAGCUGGCUCGAUGUCGAAGAAGUGGGAUAGUGAGGAAUUGCGAAAAUGCGGUGCCAUAGGAACAACACAAACCCACCACCACCCAAACCUCAGAGGAGAAAUCCACCCCGUAUUCGCCAACUGGGCGGACGCGGACACCAACCCGGAGCUACACAGGGAGCUGCAACAGCCACUGCUCCUCGCGAGCCGGAUCCUCGAAGCCGCCGGCAUCCCCUGGGCCUCCGACUUUCUCGCCCAGGACAUCUUCGCUGAGGGCUACGCCGGACGGGCGCCGAGCUGCCGGUGUGGUUUUAGCCAUCACUUCACUAGUGCUGCUGCUGCUGGAGGCGAAGACGGCGUUGUCGUUCCCCAGACCAUUAUUAGAUAUCACCGCGCGUCGUGGGCUACGCCUGACCUCAAAGACGAGUGGCUGCGCGUUGCUGCAGAGGAUAGGCUUAAAAAGGAGGUGGCGCGGGCUAUUACAUGGCAGCUCGAUGCAGAGAUGUUCCACGAGCGCGGAUGGGUUGGGUACACGUGUCGGCAUCCGCGACAGCACGGGAUGCGACUCGAUGAGCUUGAUAGGUACGAGACGAUCAAGAUGUGGGAUAGGAAAUGCGAAGGUGGAGAUAAUGACGGGAGAGAGGGAAAAGAAAAGGCGUCACGGAACUUGCCGAUCUUAAUUGCGGCCGAGUUUCCCGCGAGGUUGGCGGCUCUAAGACGAGAAGGGAGGGAUCAUGGAGAGGAAUAUCUCUUGACGGCGUUUAUGGGUGCUGUGACGAUUCUACACGAACUCGGUCACGCCAUCUACUGGAAGGACCGUCGAACCCUUACGCAAGACCUCCGUGAACCUUUUUACGGCGCCGAUCUGGAAAUGGAACUCGGCGAUAGCUUUGUGGCCUCCCUAUUCGGUGGAUGGGUACCGGUUCCAGUUAGAGAUGUGACCGCAGUCCAGGGCGAGUCCCUCACCUUCGCGGAUGGAAUUGCCUGGCGACAGCAACUUAGUUGGGAUUUUCAUAGACUUCGGCCAAAGCACCGCGUUCAUUACUCGAUACCCGUUAACUAUGUGGCGCGGCUGUUCUCUGAAGAAUGCUGGGCAGACGAUCCGCUACGAAACCUCAUCCAACCCCAGACUCUUGCGCUCGCCCGUAGUGACGUCGGCAUAAGCGCACAGGUAGCCGUAGCUAGAGAGAGCAGCAGCUGUCAACACGCGACAGCUGCGAUACCCGACUUCCACUUCACUGGACAGGGUUGGAAGUGGAACCGAUUACCUGGGGCCAAGUUCCGGAUCCCACAAUAUGACGGCUACCUCUGUCCGGACAUGGACUUACCCAUCGCUACGGACGAUGUGAUUGUGGAGUCGAUGCCUUUAGCACCGCUACAGCCGUCCCCGAUAAUCAAGUCUGCGAAUUCGUCGACUAGGAAUUCGAUGAUGAGUUUCGCUUCCUCGAUCACCAGUCCAAAAUUGGAGAUGUUUCCCAAGCCGCCGAGGAGAUCCGUCAUUCGCCGUAUUCAGCAUAAUCCCAACAAUAAUCACAAUAAUAAUAAUAGUAAUACUGUCGGUAAAGAGAAGAAGAGUGAACAGGAAUAUACCACUACAAUCAGCAGUACGGAGAAGAAAAAGAUAAUGAUGACGACGACAACGAAAGCAAAGGCGCCUACUCCUUCUCGCUUUGUAAAACUAUCCAAAGUCGAGCCCGACGUCCUCAGCCCGGAUCGCUCCGAGAUUUCCCUCGACGAGCUUAGAAACAGGCUAUCUCGUCUUCUGGGCGUCUCGUUCGACGAGCUUGAGGAGUUUUUUGAGGCGUCGCGGUGUGCAUGA